AAAGUCUUGCACAAUCUCACGAGAAAAUAUGAGAUUUACUGAUUAUUGUUUACAUUGCAAAAAAAUUAGAAUCGAACCGAAUUGAUUCUGAAUUCACGAAUCAGAUUCCAAUAACAAUAUGUCAAGCUACAACAACCGAUCUUUUGCAAUCGAGGUGUGCGGGCGGAACGGAAUUUAAAGAGCAAUUUUAUCAUUCCAGGACCGGAUCCCGGUUCGGUGCUGACCCGGAGCAGGGACGACAACCAAGAUAAACUGAUAUCUGAUAACACCACCAAGAUUUAUUCAUUUAAAAGUAAAUCGACAACGUUCGGAGAGGAAAUCUCUAAGUAAAAUUCUGCGGUGAGGUGCCACAUUUCCUAAAUCUGGCAGUAAAUUGACAUCGAAGAGGCCAGCGGAGAAAGGCGGGUUCGGGAGAUCAAGCCCCACAUCAAGUCAUCUGAGGUCUAGCAGUCCUCGGCCCACAGUAGGACGCGGAGCUGGCGUCCCCUAGCGACAUUCUAGGCAUCGAGCGCAGGCGGGGGUCGGGGAUUCGACUGAGGCCCAGCGCUGAAAUGUCGGGCUGAGGCGGGAAGGGCGAGACGGGAGACCAUAAGAGGAGAACGGUCGAAGAAAGAAACCAAAUUUAACAGCAAAAGGGCGGAAAGACACCGAUAUCACAGGUACAAAGACAGAUGUGCACGUUUAAAGGGUUAGACCGGGAUAUUUUCAUGUCUGCGGAAGAACAACAGACAAUAGAAGCAAAAUCGAUGGCCAUGAUGGAGGAAUUGCACAGCUUGGAUCCUCGCAGGCAGGAGCUGCUGGAGGCGCGCUUCACUGGAGUCGGAGUUGCCAAGGGUUCUGGACCCAACGAGUCAUCUAACCAGAGCCUGUGCAGCGUGGGCUCUCUCAGUGACAAAGAGCUGGAGACGCCCGAGAAGAAAUCCAAUGAUCAGAGACCACGUAAAAGGAAAGGAGACCCUUAUGACAACCAGGGCAAAGGAGGAGCCAGAGGCCACAAAAUCAGUGAUUAUUUUGAGUUCGCAGGGGGCAGUGGUACUGGCACUAGCCCAGCGCGUGGCAUUCCUCCAGUGGUGCGCUCCUCGCCUCAGCACUCUCUUUCAAACCCUGCUGCUGUGCAGCAAGGAAGCCCCUCUUCUAUAAGCUCCGUGAACACAGACCACUCCCAUUCCUCCUGUCUCCACAAGCCAGCCUCCACACACACCCAGCACCGAACCACACAGUCGGAGUUGACAAUGGAGAAGUUAGCAGCGCUGGAGAGCAGUAAAAGUUCAGAUCUGGAGAAGAAAGAGGGACGUAUUGAUGACCUGCUCAGGAUGAACUGUGACCUGCGCAGACAGAUCGACGAGCAACAGAAAUUGCUGGAACGGUGUAAAGAACGACUCAACAAAUGUGUAACCAUGAGCAAGAAACUGCUUAUUGAAAAGUCCAAGCAGGAGAAAAUUGCAUGCAGGGAAAAGAGCAUGCAGGACCGGCUGCGUCUCGGCCAUUUCACCACCGUCAGACACGGAGCGUCCUUCACUGAGCAGUGGACAGAUGGCUAUGCCUUUCAGAACCUAGUCAAACAACAAGAGCGAGUGAAUGCUCAGCGAGAGGACAUCGAGAGGCAGCGGAAACUUCUGAUGAAAAAGAAGCCGCCCAACGCCAGCCAGACUCCUCCUCCGAACCUGGAACCCAACAAACGCAAGAGCAAAAGCAACGGCGCUGAGAACGAGAUGUUAUCAUUAGCAGAAUACCACGAGCAGGAAGAAAUAUUUAAAUUGAGACUCGGCCACCUGAAGAAGGAGGAAGCGGAGAUUCAGGUGGAGUUGGAGCGGUUGGAGCGUGUGCGUAAUCUUCACAUUCGAGAGCUCAAGAGAAUCCACAAUGAAGAUAAUUCCCAGUUUAAAGAUCAUCCCACGCUAAAUGACCGUUACCUGCUCCUGCAUCUGCUGGGUAGAGGAGGCUUCAGUGAGGUUUAUAAGGCCUUUGAUUUGACUGAGCAGAGGUAUGUGGCUGUGAAGAUUCACCAGCUUAAUAAAAACUGGAGGGAUGAGAAGAAGGAGAACUAUCACAAACACGCGUGUCGAGAAUAUAGGAUCCAUAAGGAGCUAGACCAUCCCAGGAUAGUUAAACUGUAUGACUAUUUCUCACUGGAUACCGACUCAUUCUGCACUGUACUGGAGUACUGCGAGGGGAACGAUCUGGAUUUCUACCUAAAACAACACAAGCUAAUGUCAGAGAAAGAGGCUCGAUCCAUCAUCAUGCAAGUUGUCAACGCCCUCAAGUACCUAAAUGAAAUCCGCCCACCAAUCAUCCAUUACGACCUCAAACCAGGUAACAUCCUGCUGGUCAAUGGCACAGCAUGUGGAGAGAUUAAAAUCACAGACUUUGGCCUGUCCAAGAUUAUGGAUGAUGAUAACUAUGGGGUGGACGGCAUGGAGCUGACAUCACAGGGGGCGGGAACAUACUGGUAUCUUCCCCCAGAAUGCUUUGUGGUUGGAAAAGAGCCACCUAAGAUCUCUAACAAAGUGGAUGUUUGGUCAGUUGGUGUUAUAUUUUACCAGUGCCUCUAUGGGAAGAAGCCGUUCGGUCAUAACCAGUCCCAGCAGGACAUCCUGCAAGAGAACACUAUUCUCAAAGCCACAGAGGUGCAGUUUCCUCCCAAACCAGGAGUCUCGCCCGAGGCUAAGGCUUUCAUUCGCAGAUGUCUGGUGUAUCGUAAGGAGGAUCGUAUUGAUGUUCACCAGCUUUCCAGCGAUCCCUACCUCCUCCCUCACAUACGCAAGUCAGUGGCUGCCACCGGUAACUCCAGCAUGGCCAUCCCCUCCACGUCUAGCUCCUCCAACAGCAGCGCCUCAAAUUGAGAGCGCCUCCCAACCUUGCUUGUUUUGAUUGGAGGAGGGGAGAUUGGUGCUAUUGCCCCACCCCUCUCUGCAGUGCACUGGAGGUGGAGUCCGACACCCCCUACCUGCCAAGCAAGGGAGCAGGAGGAAGGGAACCGAGAGGGAUGGAAACGACACGCAUUCCCCUCCACCCUUCUUCCCCUCUCAGGCGUCUGGAGGGUUUAAUAUUUUGUUUCUUGUUUUUCGAUUGGAAGAGGAGUGAAAAGCGCCCCUAAGCGGGAACCUGAGGGAAAGGAAUUAAAUAGGGUGUAUUGCCUGUGAGAGUGUAAUAUUGGCAAGAACUGCAGCUGCUUGGACAGGUGGAAGAGACUCGUAUAUUGCCCUGCACCCCACAACACACAUACGCAUACACACACACACGCGCGCGCAUAUAUACACGUUUAUAACGAGGUCAGCCUAAUUUUUCAAUUGAUGGGAUAAGCCUGUUCAUUCUGAUGUGCAUACUAUAUUUCUGGAGACAAUCUUCUGACGCAAAGAUUGUCCCAGUACAUCUCCUUUCCUCCUUUUUCUUAUGGAAGCAAUACUGGCAAUGGUUUAAUUUCAAUGUGUUUCAUUUUAAUCCGUCUUUCUAAACUAUUUACAGAUGAAAUGAUAAAUGCUGAGGCUAAUUCAGCAUAAAUGGACUUUGGAGUAAGCUAAUCUUCAAGUGCUGGAAAUCAGAUAUUUGUACUGUAUGAGAAAUGUAAUGGACAAGUCUAGCUGUAUCUGAAGAUGUUUGUCUAUGUGUCUUUCCCCCUUCCUGUUCUAUGACCAAAGCUGAGCACAACCAGUAGGUGGCGCUCUAUGACUUGAUGUUUUUCUUUUAUUUUGCUUUAUGCUGUUAUGAAAGUGCAUUUUAGAGCAUAUUCUUUUAGAUUGUCUUAGCGACACUAACCAAUGGCCCCCGUUCUGUUUCUCUUCUUGUAAUUGGACAGAAUCUUAACAUUUUAAAAUGAGAUUUAUUUUUUUGUCAUUGAUGAAGUUUUUCCUUGCAUAGAAACACAGACACCCAUGCAUUCAGAAAUACACACAUUCAUACAUGUUUAGGUCUGGUGAAAUGGCCAAUUGCCUGAUUCAAUCUAUGUGGGAAAGAACUCUCUAGAGGGGGCGGAGCUAGUUCAGGGGUACAGGGCAAAACUGGGAAUGUUCAUUAAAUACUAUUGGUUAUUAA